GUUAUUCAGAAGAGAAAGUGAGAGAAAAUGCGAGUAAUGAGAAAAGAAAGUAUUAUAGAGAGAGAGAAAUGCUAGACCUAGAGAGAGAAGAAAGUCAGUGAACUGUGUGUGUGGUGUCUUGCUUUGCUUAGUUGGUUUUUUUGGGUAGGCUCAGUGUCAUUUGUUGUUGUUGCAGGGGCUUGGCAGAUGCGUGUUUUUUUAUCUUUUUAUCUGCUGUAUGAUUCAAUCUAUAAUUUAUUUGUGUAUUUUUUUUCUGUCUGAAAAUGGGUUUGUAGUGGUGAUGCUGAAUGUCUAGUGUAUAUUCAGAGUGGCCUUUCCCUGCAACUUCGAUGUGAUGUAACAAGGAAGCUCGAAAAAAUCGAAAUAAUUGAAAGGCAAAAGGAGAGGAAAAAAAUUAUCUGUUGUCUCUCUCUUUAUCUGUGCAACGGGUCGUUUCCAUGUCGGUGACUCCGGGAAGAGGAGGUAAGGGGAGGUCUCCUCUUCUUCUUCUUUUAAGUGCGUGUACGGACUCAGGCUGCUCAGCUGUGGUCGUGGAAUCAAAGCUUCCAUUUCGAGAACUUGCUUCUCUGUCCUAGCUUUUUUUUGUUUUUUUUUUCGUUGUUUUUUUGGUUGUUUGGGCUUCAAUGGUGGUUGGGUUGGGUGAGGAAUGAGGUGGUUUGCGAGGUCAUCGAUGGCAUUUCGCUUUGGGUUCGUUCUUCUGUGCUUUCUCCUCUGUUUGGCGUUCGGCUCUGUGGUUUCCGACGACGGGGCGACACUGUUGGAGAUAAAGAAGUCAUUUAGGGAUGUUGACAAUGUUCUAUAUGACUGGACUGAUUCACCAUCUUCAGACUACUGUGUUUGGAGAGGUGUAUCUUGUGAUAAUGUCACCUUCAAUGUUAUUGCACUUAAUCUCUCAGGGUUGAAUCUUGAUGGGGAAAUCUCACCUGCAAUAGGAGAUCUCAAGGGGCUACUCUCUAUUGAUCUGAGGGGGAAUCGGCUCUCCGGGCAAAUCCCAGAUGAGAUCGGUGACUGUUCUUCGAUGAGCAGCCUGGAUUUGUCGUUCAAUGAGCUGUAUGGGGAUAUACCAUUUUCCAUUUCAAAGUUGAAACAACUAGAACAACUAGUUUUGAAGAAUAAUCAGCUGAUUGGACCAAUUCCUUCAACAUUGUCCCAAAUUCCGAACUUGAAAAUUUUGGAUCUGGCACAGAAUAAAUUGAGUGGAGAAAUACCGAGGCUUAUAUACUGGAAUGAAGUUUUGCAGUAUCUUGGACUGCGAGGAAACAAUUUGGUUGGUACUUUGUCUCCUGAUAUGUGCCAGUUGACUGGGUUGUGGUAUUUUGAUGUAAGAAACAACAGUUUGACUGGCACCAUUCCGCAGAAUAUUGGCAACUGUACUUCCUUCCAGGUCUUGGACUUGUCCUACAACCGGCUAACAGGAGAGAUUCCUUUCAAUAUUGGGUUCCUGCAAGUAGCGACAUUAUCCUUGCAAGGUAACCAGCUUUCAGGGCAAAUCCCAUCAGUGAUUGGUCUCAUGCAGGCUCUUGCUGUCUUAGAUCUAAGCUGCAACAUGUUAAGCGGACCCAUCCCUCCUAUUCUGGGAAACUUAACUUAUACCGAGAAACUGUAUUUGCAUGGUAACAAGUUGGCCGGAUCAAUCCCCCCAGAGCUCGGGAAUAUGACAAAACUCCACUACUUGGAAUUGAAUGAUAAUCAUCUCACAGGGUCUAUUCCAUCAGAACUUGGGAAGCUGACCGACUUGUUUGACCUAAAUGUCGCUAACAACCAUCUUGAAGGGCCUAUACCUGAUAAUCUUAGUUCAUGUACAAACCUCAACAGCCUCAAUGUGCAUGGGAACAAAUUGAAUGGAACUAUACCACCUGCAUUUGAGAAGCUGGAGAGUAUGACAUAUUUAAACCUCUCCUCCAACAAUCUUCGAGGCUCCAUUCCUAUCGAGUUAUCUCGGAUUGGUAACUUGGACACCUUGGACAUUUCAAAUAACAGGAUUGCUGGCUCCAUUCCUUCUUCCCUUGGAGACUUGGAGCAUCUUCUUAAACUGAAUUUAAGCAGGAACCACUUAACUGGAUGUAUUCCAGCCGAGUUUGGUAAUCUAAGGAGUGUUAUGGAGAUAGAUCUUUCAAAUAAUCAUCUAUCAGGAGUGAUUCCUCAAGAACUUGGUCAACUUCAGAACAUGUUCUCCCUGAGGGUUGAGAACAACAAUUUAUCGGGGGAUGUGACAUCACUGAUCAACUGCCUCAGUCUUACUGUCCUGAAUGUGUCUUAUAACAACCUCGGUGGUGAUAUUCCUACAAGCAAUAACUUCUCAAGAUUCUCACCAGACAGUUUCAUUGGAAAUCCUGGUCUUUGUGGUUAUUGGCUUAGUUCUCCAUGUCAUCAGGCUCAUCCAACAGAGCGAGUCGCAAUAUCUAAAGCAGCUAUUCUAGGGAUUGCUCUGGGUGCCCUUGUGAUUCUUCUCAUGAUCUUAGUAGCAGCAUGUCGGCCACACAAUCCAAUUCCUUUUCCAGAUGGAUCACUUGACAAACCAGUUACAUACUCAACACCGAAGCUGGUGAUCCUUCACAUGAAUAUGGCACUGCAUGUGUAUGAGGAUAUCAUGAGAAUGACGGAAAACUUGAGUGAGAAGUAUAUAAUUGGUUAUGGUGCCUCAAGUACAGUGUACAAAUGUGUUCUUAAAAACUGCAAGCCAGUGGCUAUCAAGAGACUCUACUCUCACAACACACAGUGCCUAAAGGAAUUCGAGACGGAGCUUGGGACUGUCGGAAGCAUCAAACAUAGGAAUCUGGUCAGUCUACAAGGAUAUUCCCUGUCCCCUUCUGGGAACCUACUCUUCUAUGACUACAUGGAAAACGGCAGUCUCUGGGACCUCCUUCAUGGCCCUACAAAGAAGAAAAAGCUUGAUUGGGAAACUCGCCUUCAGAUUGCACUUGGAGCAGCUCAAGGGCUUGCUUACCUUCACCAUGAUUGUAGCCCUCGCAUAAUUCACAGGGAUGUCAAGUCAUCAAAUAUUUUGUUGGACAAGGAUUUUGAGGCUCAUCUCACUGACUUUGGCAUUGCCAAGGUUUUAUGCUCAUCAAAGUCUCAUACUUCUACUUACAUCAUGGGCACCAUUGGUUAUAUAGACCCUGAGUAUGCCCGUACUUCACGUCUCACGGAAAAGUCUGAUGUCUACAGCUAUGGAAUUGUUCUACUUGAGCUACUGACUGGAAGGAAAGCAGUAGACAAUGAAUCCAAUCUCCAUCAUCUGAUCUUAUCCAAAACAACCAACAAUGCUGUGAUGGAGACUGUUGAUCCUGAUAUCACUGCCACUUGUAAAGAUCUUGGAGCGGUAAAGAAAGUGUUUCAACUGGCCCUUCUAUGCACCAAGAAGCAGCCCUCUGAUCGGCCCACCAUGCACGAAGUGACCCGGGUGCUAGGCAGCCUGGUGCCGGCCACUGCACCAAAACAAAUAGCCCUGACCACGACUCCGCCUGCUCCACUUCCAUCUACCAAAGUGCCAUGCUACAUGGACGAGUAUGCCAAUCUGAAGACCCCUCACAUGGUAAAUUGCUCAUCCAGGAGCACCUCAGAUGCCCAACUCUUCCUAAAAUUUGGUGAAGUAAUAUCUCAGACAGUGAGUGAUGAGGCAGUGCAGUAAAAAUAGUCAAAAACUGGGGGAAGCAUCUUGUGAGAAUGUGGUGGGGGGAGGGGGGGAAGAGGCCUAUGUAAGAAUCAAAAUAUGGGAAAUUUGUAUAAAGAUGUGGCACAAUUAUUGUAGCUGAAAAAAAAAGGAAAAAUGGGACAGCUUUUACUGAUAGAUUCAAAAGGUGUAGUGUACCUGAGUUCUUGAAUGUGUAUUGUAUUGUGUCAAAUUAUGGUAGUUGUUUUGGCAUAUCUGAGUGGGGUCAUUGGCAAUUAGGGUUUCAGAUUCUGUAGAGGGUCUCUUGAUAAAGCAAUGCAUUAUAUAUGUGACUACUGACCAGCAAUAAUACACUGUGGAGCCUGGCUGGACCAUAUCUCUUCUGUUUGGAUGUUGAUGGGUCUUGGUACACUCAGCUUUUCUGAUC